UCUACUCAAAAGUUACUCCCAAGUUUCAAAGAGUUGCUAGUUUUGCACAAGGUAGGGAUUGCUCCAACUCGUUGUAAAAAGUUUGGGACAAGCCCUUUAACAACUUUUAGCAAGUCUGAGGGCAUUAUCAGACUUGUUAUUACGAUGCAACACAAGAUGAUAUCACAAACUGAGGAAGAACAUAUCUUUAGUUUGUGAUACAACGUUCGUUUCGCGCCACGAUGCCGAAUCCAGUAGCCGCCGUAGGCGUGCCAGGGGGGGAGAGCCGUACUCAAAUCUGAAGCUCUCUAAUAUCACAGUGUUACUAUAUAGCUCAGUGAGGCAGAUCCAAAAACAAAAUGGCCGUCAAGUUUCUUAGUUUAGUUAAGACAUAAGAUGAUCUUUUACAUAUUUGUUCCAAAAAAUGGAUAUCAUUUUGUUUUGUUGCUUAUAGAUGGACGUUUAUGAUGUUGCGUGAAUUCGUGUUUAUUCUCAUAUAUCUUUCUCUUUGUGGCUUAUGUGAGGAAGCCGUUGGAAAACAUGAUAAAAAUAUACUGAAGACUUUUGGUGGUCCCACGUUAAUAAUUGUUAUUGUUUUUUGUGUUCUGGCUGGGUUGAUUUUAGUUCUGCUUGUUAAAAGACAAUUGCUGAGGGUUUUAUUGUUAUCUAAGAGAGGUGCACAUACAGCUGUUGCAUCUGGAGCUCCUCGAAAACUUGCAAAUGAAAUCGAAGCAAGUAUUUGCCGGGUUGAAAGAAUGAAAAUUGAACCUAGAACUUUGGCUGAGAAUAUCCAACAGUUACAUAAUGAAGAGACAAGAUUACAGAGCAUUACACGUCCUGAAUCGGUACAUCAUUUGUACAACUUGAGAUAUCGUUUUAAAGCAAUUGAUUCAAUGACCUGCUUUGAUGACUUGCUAUGCAGCAUUGAUGUGGAAUAUUGCCGGAAAAGUCACCAGACGGUUCGUGACCAUUUUUUAUCCCUGCAGAAGCCACCAAGGGCACCUUUGGUAGGCUCUGAAGAGAUUUGUGAAAAAGUUGUCCAACUUUAUGAACAUGCAAGAUUUGGCAAAAAAGCAUUUGGCCAACAUGAAUAUCAGCAAAUAAUGAAAUAUAUUGAAGAUCUAAAAACAAAAUUACGUCAAAAGGUUGUAAUCCCAGGUACACUAGUGUCGUCUGACAAUGCAACAUCCAGUAAAGAUGUUCAACACUCUUCAAAAGGUCCAAUUCGGCGGACACAGCGAAGCAAACCUACUGCAGUCUUUUACACUUCUGUCGAAAAGUCUAGUGGUACUAUAAAAGUGUAACAUAUAUUAAAAAAGUAGAUAAUUAUAUACAGUAUAAAGAUUUGAUGAAAUAUCUUGGGUGGCUGUGUCGUAUUCCUGUUCCACUUCGUUG